GUAAACAACAGGUGAAUUAGGUGACCGGUGUCGUCUGUAUUACCGAUAGGAACGAAUGUAAUAUUCAUAUUUUCGACAAUGGCAACUAAUGCAACCUCGUAUUAUGAUCUUGACGGUACCCUGAGUGACCGUAAGUUGAUCACCCUGUCUACUCUGAUCGGUGACCGUUACCCGGAGCUUGGUCAUCGGCUUGGAUUGACCAGGCUACAGCUAGACCAGGUUAGGCAGUCAGGUAACCUUCAGCACCAAGUCUUUGCAAUGCUUGCUAUGUGGAGGGAUACACACAAGGAGAAUGCUAGGUUGGGAACCCUUCAAGACAUCGUCAAGGACUUGGGUUGGAUAUCGGUCUACACACAGAUCAGGAACACUCCAGACAACUUUUAUGUUGUUUUAUAAACUAUUCACUCGACAAGGAUGCCGCUAGACUAAAUACAGGACUGCUUGGCGAUACAUGUAUUUCCAUGCAGUAGCUAGGACCCUGGGGGAGAAGGGGGUUGAUCAGGGGGCAUACCAAUUGAAUGGACAUGUGUGAACCUCCUCCCCUCCCCUUCUAAACACAACUGUCUUUUUUAAUUGUGCUUCUUGUCAGUUAUUUUUACACAAGUGUGUUUUGCAGGUGACCCUACCCUGGGAAAAUAAUCAUGGAUGUGCCAUUAUUAUUUUUGUAAGAAAACUUGGGUUGGGAGUUUCCAUAUAGAGAAAGAGCAGUCAAUUUCAUUUAAAGUUGGAGGUGUUGUGUCCAUUCAUCUAGUCCAUUUGUUGAUUUUCUUUUUAUUUCAAACACAAAUUUAUUCACAUGCAAAAUAACUUUCUUUAUUUGUCAAACAUGACAAAUUAUCAUUUAAUACCAAAGUAUUUGUAAAGAUGUUAAUGCCAUUGAUAUUGAUCUUUUUCAUUGGUAGCAGUGACAAACUAGUAUGGCAGUGACACUUGUACAUAUGUUUGAGGAAAAAUGAGUUCACAUGCAGAAGAACUAAGUAUGUUAUAUUAGACUGCUUGACUUAACUGUGCCCAGAAGCUAAUUAUAUGAAUGUUUUGGAUGUAUGCUUAAAUUAAUCUUUAUGUAAAAA